AAGACUUUCUAGUUACAGUGAUACAGCACGGUCUGAAGAAUAUGUGGCUUUUCUCGAUUAUAUUGGUUUUAGGAUUAACUUGUGCAUCGUCGAAAGAAAUUCCAAGUGAUGAAAAUGAAAUUGAAACGAUGACCAUUAAUUUAGAUUUUCCAAGAAUGCCUGAAAUGGUCUCCGUUACUGGUUAUCCCGUGGAAUCCCAUGUGGUUGAAACUCAAGAUGGAUAUCGACUAACAAUGCAUCGUAUACCUCAUGGAAGGGUUUCCAAUGAUACAAAGAGGCCAGUUGUAUUUCUCCAACACGGACUUUUAUGCUCCUCUGCAGAUUGGGUUGUUAUCGGACCCGAACGUGCCUUGGCAUAUCAACUUGUAGAUCGGGGUUACGAUGUCUGGAUGGGAAAUGCCAGAGGGAAUACCUAUUCCAGAGAUCACGUAUCCCUUGAUCCGAACUUCCCUGCUUUUUGGGACUUCAGUUGGCACGAGAUAGGAAUGAAAGAUUUACCAGCAAUGUUGGACUACGUUUUGAAGACUACAGGAUGGGACAAACUUCAUUACAUUGGCCAUUCCCAAGGAACAACGUCUCUGUGGGUUAUGCUUUCCCUUUUACCUGAAUACAACAACUACUUCCUAUCAGUUUCUGCAUUGGCUCCCGUUGCUUACAUGUCAAAUUGCGAGAGUCCUGUCUUUCGCUCUCUUGCCCUAGUGGGUGACUCGCUGAGCCUUCUUACAAGUAUUUUGGGAGCGAGUGAAUUCUUACCGAGCAGUGAAUUGAUGCAGUUAGGGGGCUAUCUCACCUGCAUGGAUCAUUCGCCAUUUCAGGAAGUUUGUACUAACAUUUUCUUCUUAAUUGCCGGAUACGAUUCUCAGCAAUUAAACCGAACUCAAUUACCGGCUAUAAUGGCAAACUUCCCUGCUGGAGCCUCAACAAAACAAUUGAUCCACUAUGUGCAACUUAUCAACUCCAAACGUUUCCGCCAAAUGGACCAUGGAUUUCUUGGAAAUAUGUUGCGUUAUACAUCCGUUGUUCCGCCAGAUUAUCCUUUGGAAAAAAUUACUGCCCCGAUCGGUCUCUUUUACAGUGUGAACGACUGGUUGGCUGCUGUUAAAGAUGUUCAUCAUUUACGUUCCAGACUAUCUAACGUUGUAAAAGAUUAUCUUGUAGCUUUGCCAAAGUUCAAUCACAUUGAUUUCCAGUACGCUAUCGAUGUUAAAUUCUGGCUGUAUGACGAAUUGAUUAAUUUUAUUGACAGUCGCAAUCUUUAAACCAUAAGAUUGUAAUAAUACUGUUUAAAAUCCAUAAAGGAAUCAUUGCAAAAACGAAAUAAAGAAAUUGAAGAUGUUA